AUGGUUGAGAUCAACAAGGAUCCCAGCCUUUUACCCAAUUUAUCACUGGGCUUCCAUUUCCAUGGAAUCUACCACAAUGCCGAAAGAGCCAUGGAGGGUGCUUUGAUGGGGAUACAUUAUGCCCCAUUUAGUCUCCAGUCUCAAACAAUCCUUGAUGCAACAAUUGACACCCUCAACACAGCCCUCUCUACUGGACUCUACUUGCUCACUCCCUUCUCCCUUUACCAAUCUCGUACCACUAACCCUCAGCAGAAUGCUCUGGAGUUGGAUUUAUUACAUUAUCACACCUCCCACUUAGUUCUGUUGUUCUCUAUCCAGAUCACCUAUGGCCCAUUUGACCCGAUCCUGAGUGACAAGGUACAGUUUCCAUCUCUCUAUCAGGUGUCCCCCAGAAUCUCCUCUCUGCCUCAGGGGAUGGUCCGGUUAAUGGUGCAUUUCAGCUGGACCUGGGUGGGGGUCGUGGUGUCAGGUGUUAUGAGAGGAGAGAGAUUACUCUCGGAUGUGACCAGGGAGAUGGUCAAGAAUAGUGCUUGUGCAGCUUUUACCAAGAAGAUCCCUAGGGGAAAGUUCAACUUUUAUUCAGCCUGGAGAAUCUACUCCAGUGUCAUGGUUACAUCAGCUUCAAUAAUGGCUGCCUAUGGUGAUGCAGAGACCCUGAACUUUCUGAGAUUUGUCAUAGAGAUUUUUGGACUGUCCAAGAUGGUUUUGGUCAUCAUCUUUUACUGGGACGUUACUUUGAGCACGACGUAUGAAACAAAUAGCUAUGAUUUUCAUGGGACUUUGACUCUGGCGAACCUUGCUAAAGAGGUUCCAGGUUUCAUAGAUUUUUUACAGACAGUUAAACCAGCAAAAUAUCCAGAAGCCACUAUCUUGAAAGAAUUCUGGGAGUCUGCCUUUGACUGUUCCUUUUCACUGCCUGAACUGAGUGGAAGAAAGUGCUCAGAAAAUGCUUCCUUGGAGAUGCUGCCUGCACACGUUUUUUCUCUGACGAUGUCUACUCUGAGUUACAGUGUGUACAACGCCAUGUAUGCUGUGGCCCAGGGGCUCCAGGACUUGCUUUUAACCAGCUCAGACCCGGAAUCACUGGAAAAUGAGGACUGCCUGGUGCCUCGUCCAUGGCAGCUCCAUGAGUUUCUGAGCCAAGUCCAGUUUGACAACCCUGUGAGGGAACCAGUGAUUCUGGAUCAGAACCACAAAUCUACUGGAAAAUUUGAGAUUCUGAACUUUGUGAUCUCUCCCAAUGGAACUUGUGAGUUGGUGAAAGUCGGGGAGGUGGACCCCCAGGCACCCCAUGACCAAGAUGUUUUCAUCAAUGAAGCAGUAGUCAUGUGGUCUGGGGGAUCCUCUCAGGCUCCACGCUCACGGUGCAGCAGGAGCUGUGGACCCGGAUUCAGAAAACGUGCCCAGCAAGGGCUGGCCGUUUGCUGCUAUUUUUGUGUCCGGUGCCCAGAGGGGGAGAUUUCCAACCAGACAGACGUGGAGCAGUGUGUGAAGUGUCCUGACGAUCAGUAUUCAAACAUGGAGAGAGAUGGCUUUCUCCACAAAGUGGUGACUUUCCUGCCACACAAGGAACCUCUGGGACUGAUUCUGGUCUGCAUGUCUCUCUCCUUCUCUCUCCUCACAGCCCUGGUUUUCGGGAUCUUCAUUAAGCACCGAGACACCCCCAUAGUCCGAGCCAAUAACCUCAAUCUCAGCUACACCCUUCUCCUCUCCCUCAUUCUCUGCUUUCUCUGUGCUCUGACCUUCAACGGCAAACCUACUCCAGCUUCCUGCCUCCUUCGACAAGUGGUCUUUGGGGUUGUGUUCACCGUGGCCAUCUCCUCCAUCUUGGCCAAAACCUUCACCGUGGUUCUGGCCUUCAGGGCCACGAGCUUGGGGAGCAGAGUCAGGAGGUGGGUGGGGCCCAGAGCUUCUAUCUCAACAGUCCUGUCCUGUUCACUGGUCCAGGUGACCAUCUGCAUGAUCUGGUUGGGCACCGUUUCCCCCUUCCUGGAGGUGGACACACACUCUGAGACGAGACUCAUCAUUGCUGAGUGUAAUGAGGGCUCCGUGACUGCCUUCUACUGCCUUCUGGGCUACCUGGGCGUUCUGGCCCUGGUUAGCCUCACUGUGGCUUUCCUGGCCAGGAGGCUGCCCGACAGCUUCAUUGAGGCCAGGUUCAUCACGUUCAGCAUGCUGGUAUUCUUCAGCGCCUGGGCCUCCUUCCUCCCUGCAUACCACAGCACCAAGGGGAAGGCCACGGUAGCCGCGGAGAUCUUCUCCAUCUUGGCCUCUGGUGCCGGGCUUCUCGGCUGCAUCUUCGUCCCCAAGUGCUACAUGAUCCUGCUGCGGCCUGACAGGAACACUCGGGAGUGUUUGAAGAGGAAAUGA